GCUGAGUCGGGAUCGGCGGGGCGCGACCUGCGCACGGAGCGAGCCCAACCGAGCCGGGCCGAACCGAGCCAACCAAACCGAGCCAACAAAACCGAGCCGAGCCACCCUGCCGAACCCAACUGAGCCCAGCUGAACCAGCCCUGCCGAACUGAGGAGAGCCGAACCCAUCCCUACGGCACCGCACCGAGCCCGUCCCUCCGGCACGCAUCUGAUCCCUUAGGCACGGAACCAGACCCAUCCCUACCGCACCGAGGCCGUUCUUUUCGCACCCAGCCCAUCUCUACGGUACCGCACCGAGCCGUGCCCCCCGGCACCGCACCGAACCCAUCCGUACAGCAGCGCCCCUGCCCUGCGGUACCGCACCGCAUCCCGGGGCACCGCACCGCAUCCCGGGGCACCGCACCGCAUCCCGGGGCACCGCACCGCAUCUCGGGGCACCGCACCGCAUCUCGGGGCACCGCACCGAACCUGUGCCCUGCAGUACCGCACCGCAUCCCGGGGCACCGCACCGCAUCCCGGGGCACCGCACCGAACCUGUGCCCUGCAGUACCACACUGCAUCCCAGGGCACCGCACCUCAUCCCGGGUACCGCACCGAACCUGUGCCCUGCAGUACCGCACCGCAUCCCGGGUACCGCACCGCACCCUCCGGUACCGCUCCGCUCCCCGGUGCCCGCAGCACCGCGCCCGGCGGGACCAUGAUGUCGUGUGCCGAGCUGCUGGCCGUGUGCCUGCUCUCCGCAGAUCGCGGCCCCAAGCCCCGCCGCCAGCCGCUGCCCAUCUUCCACGACAUUUUCCGGCGAGCCGACAAGAACGAUGAUGGGAAGCUGUCAUUUGAGGAGUUCAAGAACUAUUUCUCUGAUGGCAUCCUGAGCUCGGAGGAGCUGUGGGAGUUGUUCAGUGGCAUUGACAGGCGUCACUCAGACAACGUGGACACGGAGAAGUUGUGUGAUUAUUUCUCAGCAUACCUGGGGGAAUACAGGAACGUUCUCUCUGCCCUGGAAACGCUCAACGCUGCAGUGCUGGCAGCCAUGGACAAAACCAAGCUGAGGUACGAGACAGCCUCCAAGAUGGAGCAGUUCCUGACGCGGUUCCUGCUGCGGGAAACCAUGCACCAGCUGCAGUCCCUGCAGGCGUCCCUCGAGUGCGCUGUGGACACCGUGGAGGAGCAGGCGGGACGGGAGAGAAAGGAGAUCAAGAAGUCGGAGACUUCGGUUGGCCUGAGGGCAGGGAGGCGCUGUGGGCGCAGGGGACAGAAGAACGUCUGUCUGUCCCCAACAGACCCCUACUCUGGGAUGCUGACAACAGGCGUUUGUGUCGAGGACAACAGCCAGUGGAUGGCUCAGAUCAACAGGCUCCAGCAGCUCAUUGAGAAACUGGAGUGCAAGAGCCCCCGCCUGGAGCCGCUGAAGGAGGAAGCCAUGUGCAAGGGACAGGAUGCACACAUCCUGGUGGCCAAGAGGCAGAUCUCGGUGGCCACGAGCAGCAUCGAGCAGUUCCGGCGGGCGGUCCGCUCCUACACCGAGGGCACGGCCGGCCACAGCAGCUGCCUGCAUGUCUCUGCCUGCAAGCUGACUGACGAGGCCUGCUUCAUCCUGUACGAGUUCUGGCAGGACGUGACCUCGUGGAGAAGCCAUUUGCAGUCCAGCUGCAGCAAGACUUUCCAGCAGUCCAUCCUCAGCCUGCUGGAGUCCCCAGAGCUGCUGACCACCAUGCUGUUCCCAGCUUCCUGGUGGAUCAUGAACAACAACUGACCCGGGGCAGCGUCUCCAGGACACCAUCAGCAUGCGGGAGGACGUGGGCACAGCCUUUGUCACCUCUGUCACCUCCCUGUCCCUCCAUUCCCUCCUGUGGCCAGCGGGGGCUGCCUGCCCUCGGCCCUGCCAGUGUUUUGCUCUUUUCAUGUUAAUUUAUUUAUUUCUCCUGCUCCUAA